UCUGAAGACCGGGAACAAACUACGCACGUUCACUUUUGGGCAAACUGCAAACUUCUUCACACCUCAGUCCUCAAGUGUUGCCGUCAUGCCUGCUAGAAGGACCACCAACAAGAGGAAGUCUGAGCCUAUAGUGGAGGACGAAGGAGUCCCCAAGAAGCUGAAAGUAUCCCACAGGAGUCAUGGCAAGGAGGCAGGUCAGGUUCUUGUUCUGGGCCAGGGUGACGUUGGACAGUUGGGUCUAGGCGACGACAUCUAUGAGAAGAAGAAGCCGGCCCUCGUGCCCCUGCCAGAGAAAAUUGUUCAAGUGAUGGCUGGAGGCAUGCACACUGUCUGCCUCAGUGACACAGGACAUGUCUACACUUUCGGCUGUAACGAUGAAGGUGCCCUUGGUCGGGAUACAACAGAGGAGGGGUCUGACAAGGUUCCAGGAAAGGUGCUAUUGACGGAGAAGGUGGUCCAGGUGUCUGCAGGGGACAGCCACACAGCUGCACUUACAGAGGAUGGAAAGGUGUUCAUUUGGGGAACCUUCAGGGAUAGCAAUGGAGUAAUAGGUCUACUGGCGCCCAUGAUUCAGAGUCUUUCUCCAGUCAAAGUCCCCAUGCCAGAAACUGUUGUGAAAAUUGCAUCAGGAAAUGACCACCUUGUUCUGGUUACACUGGACGGAAAUCUUUACACAUCAGGCAACGCACAGCAGGGGCAGCUGGGAAGAGUGCCUCAGCGUUCUUCAGACAGAGGAGGCAGGCAAGGCCUCAUGCGGCUGCUGCUACCACAGAUUGUAAAAAUCAAAGGAAAAGUCCACAUCAUAGAUGCCUUCUGUGGGGCUUACUUCACCUUUGCUCUGACAAAAGAUGGACACGUUUAUGGAUUUGGUCUCACAAAUUAUCACCAGCUGGGCACUAAAAACGUUGAGCUGUGUUUUAACCCAGUAUUACUGACAUGCUUCAAAAACUCCGGCACCACCUGGGUGGACUUCGCUGGAGGACAACAUCACUCACUCUGCCUUGAUGCUGAAGGACAAGUGUAUUCCCUGGGCAGAGAAGAAUACGGUCGUCUUGGUCUGGGCCGAGGUUCUGGAGAAAAGAGCGAGCCCACUCCUGUGAUGGGGAUGGAGCCGGCCGGUGGAUUGACAUGUGGAGCGACUGUCAGCUAUGCCGUCACCAGAGAGGGAUCCGUGUAUGCCUGGGGCAUGGGCACCAACAUGCAGCUUGGCACAGGAAUGGACGACGAUGAGUGGAACCCUGUGAAGAUGACUGGCAAGCAGCUGGAGAACCGUGCAGUAGUGAUGGUGUCCAGUGGAGGGCAGCACACUGUCCUUUUGGUCAAAGACAAGCAGGAGAGCUGAUGUCCAUCUUACAUAGGGAUCUUGUGAUCUGGUUAGUGAUGGGGCCUUUUUCACGAUUGCCUAAAUCUGGGGUGGCGGUUGAUCUGUAUGCGACUUUUUGUGCUUAGCUGAGGGAGUGUGAAAGGCGUGGGCGCUUUUAUGUGAACUGUUAAUGGGUGUUCGUCAGAUUAUGACAAAUGAGAGACUAUUUUUUUAAAGUCUAGUUUUUGAUGUCCCAUUUGAAUUCUUAUUAAGAGUCAUUAGUAUGACUGUAAGAUGAUAAAUGUGGUGUAUGUGAAUGUGACUGCAUGUACGUAAAGAAAAGCGAGUGCAGGCCUUUUAAUGACUUCCCCAAACAAUAGUCUUUUUAAUGUUAUGUUUUCUUUUCUUUAAAGCAAUAAUUCCACUGACCUUGAUUCAGACGGGACAUUUAUACUCAGUGAGUUCAAUAUGUGAGACUACUGUUCAUAUUAUCAAGGGCACACAAAAAUUUUUGGGACUAUUUGGACAUUGGGUAACACAUCAUACUGUAUCCUGCAUUUUGUUGCUUCUGUCUGAAAAUAAAGAUGAAAUUUUAA